AUGGGGCGGUGGCUCGGCGUGCUGGGCUUGGGCUGCUGCCUGGCGCUGGCGCUGCUGCCGCUGCCCGCGGCCCCGCGGGGCCCCGCGCUCCGCCCGCGCCGGCAGCCGCGCCCCGGCGGCCGCUCCGCAGACACUGCCUGUAAGAACCGGCCUCUGGACCUCGUCUUCAUCGUAGACAGCUCCCGCAGCGUCCGGCCUGAAGAGUUUGAGAAGGUGAAAAUCUUCCUGUCAGAAAUGAUCGAUACCCUGGAUGUUGGUGAAAGAACGACGCGUGUGGCGGUCAUGAACUACGCCAGCACUGUCAAGGUGGAGUUUCCCCUCCGGACCUACUUUGACAAAGCCUCUCUGAAGGAGGCCGUGUCUCGCAUCGAGCCCUUGUCUGCUGGCACGAUGACCGGCCUUGCCAUCCAGACUGCCAUGGAAGAAGUCUUCACCGAGGAAAUGGGCACCCGGCCAGCCACCUUCAACAUCCCCAAGGUGGUCAUUGUUGUGACAGACGGACGGCCACAAGACCAGGUUCAAGACGUGGCAGCAAGGGCGCAGACAGCCGGCAUCGAGAUCUACGCGGUCGGGGUGGACCGGGCAGACAUGGAGUCCCUGAGGAUGAUGGCCAGCGAGCCUCUGGAUGAACACGUCUUCUAUGUGGAGACCUACGGUGUGAUCGAAAAGCUGACAUCCAGAUUCAGGGAGACUUUCUGUGCUGUGAACGUGUGUGCCCUGGGGACCCACGGCUGCCAGCAGCUCUGUGUGAGUCACGGGGCAUCCCACCUCUGUGACUGCUAUGAAGGAUACACCCUGAAUCCAGACAAGAGAACCUGCUCAGCUGUGGACGUGUGUGCAUCUGGGAGGCACGAGUGUGACCAGAUCUGUGUGAGUAACAAUGGGUCCUAUGUCUGUGACUGCUAUGAAGGCUACACCUUGAAUCCAGACAAGAAGACUUGCUCAGCCAUGGACAUGUGUGCUCCUGGGAGGCAUGACUGUGCCCAAGUCUGUCUGAGUAAUGAUGGAUCCUACAGCUGUGGCUGCUAUGAAGGAUACACUCUGAAUCCAGACAAGAAGACUUGCUCAGGAGCCAUAACGAGCAGUCUUGUAACUGAUGAAGAGUCCUGUAAGUGUGAAGCCAUAGCUGCCCUCCAGAACUCAGUGACCUCAUACCUUGAAGCUCUAUCCACAAAAUUAGAGGAAGUGUCUGAGAAGCUGCAGGCAUAUCAAGACAGACAGCAGAUUGUCUGAGCUAUCAUUUUGCUUUAUUUUAAAAUAAUUUUUCAGCCUUUUUAUUGUUUUCAGGAAGCUUUAUUUCAUUGCACAGCUUACAAAACAGCAGUGGUUUAUUAUCGACAAAUGUCAAGAAAACUUGAGGAAGACAAGAGUCUUGAAAAUACAGUGACCCUGAGGAUCUUCAUGUUCAGUCACUUUAUAGCCAUGAAGCUACUCAUACCUGCUGUGCUUCAGUUUCUACUGCAGAUACUGCUUUUCUGUAGUAACUGCAUUUUUUAUUAUCUUACUUCAAAGUAAAUACAGAAAAAAAAAAGGAUACAGUAUAUCACAUUAUAUAAAACUUUGAAAUGGCAAGGCAGAAUGCAAAAAUGUGCCUAUGUCUUCUUUCAAUUAAAUGGGAAAGAAAGUUGGGUUCUUGUAACUUAUUUUAAUAAAAUACAAUCUGAUAUGCA